ACAUAAUAGGCAAAUCAAAUUUUGUAAAACAUUGCACUUUUAUAAUAGGUAUAGAGGUAUAGAUUGAUCAAAUAUAAGAUUAAUUAAUUGUAUUUUUAUUCGAAUUUCUCCAACUCAACCGUGAUAUGAAUCAAACGAAGUUAAUAAUUUAGUUCAAAUGAUACUAUUUUUAUUUGUCUAGGCUAUUCUUAAACAAUAUUAAAUCUCAAACUAGUAUUUGAAAUAGAUUCCAUUGUGAUAAAGUCCAAAAUGUCUCUUUUUAACUCUUUUUUUUCCCGUUAUUUCUUUGAUAUAAAUGUACUUUUAUUUAUUCUGGUCACGAGGGAUUGUGGCCAUGCAACAACUUGUACAUUUGAUUAAGACAAUAUGAGCUUGCAAGACCACUUAAGCUUUCUGCGAGCAACUAGUCAAUAAGUUGCAAAUUUAUCUCAUCUUAUCUGUUAAUACCCAUUAAUUCUUCUCCACGUAUAUGUACUAAUCUCCAAUUAAUAUACAGACAAUUUUGUUUUAGUUGUCUUUUUUGUAGAAUAAAUUAAGCCACCUGUUUUUAAUAUUGAUUCCAUAUGGAUCCUAUCUUGCAAUUGAGAAGUAGGAAAUUGGGCAGAAUCUUCUUUUCGAUCAGUAGUCGGCUUUCUUGAGAGGGAGAGAGAGAGAGAGAGCUUGUUUAUGUACUAUAUAUAUGCAUUAUUUUUGUAAGAUGAAGAAAGAAACUAAGAAACUAGCUAAAGAGAGAGAGAGAGAGAGAAAAAAAAGAAAGAAAAAAGAAACCAUCAAUAUAUAGUUAGUGGGGAAGAAUGGUGGGAGAAACAGUAGAAAAGAAACUCUACAAUACGGCAUCAAAAGGGGAUCUAACAACACUUCAAACACUGCUUCAAGAAGAUCCCUAUCUUGUUGAAAGUGUCUCAUUUGCAUGUUCAAGAAAUGUUGUGCACAUAGCAGCACUGCGGGGGCAAGCAUCCAUUGUUGAAGAGGUGCUGAACAUCAACCCACAGCUAGCUCGAAAUUUGGACUCCGAACAAUCAUCGCCUCUUCACGUUGCAGCAGCACAAGGGAACAUUGUGAUAGUGAGAAAGUUGUUAUCAGUAGCCCCGGAGGCGUGCUGGUGGCGAGACUGUCAUGAUAUGAACCCGAUUCAUAUUGCAGCCAUGAAUGGGCAUGACGAGGUGUUGAAGGUGCUGCUUGAAGAGAGUCAUUUGCCUGCUAUGGAGAGACUGCAUCGCGGGCAGACUGUGUUUCACCUGUGUGUGAAACACGGUCAGCUUAUGACAUUGAAGGUUUUGGUGGAGAAAUUGGGAGAGCUUGUGCAUGCAAAGGAUGAUGAUGGGGAGACACUCUUGCAUUUGGCUACAAGGUCCAAUCAGCUUGAGAUUGUAAAAUACUUGGUGCAACACAAAAUAACGAGGACGCAAACACCGAAUUCCAUGGGCAAGACAGAGCUGAAAAUCUUGCGUGAGAGUAAGAGCCCUGGAGACAAAAGUAGAUAUUCAGAAAUCAAAAACAUGUUGAAAAAAUUGCCAGAUCCAACAAAGAUGUUACCCGCCCGGAUGGGCGAAUCCGUUUUGGUGGUCCUAGUCCUAAUAGCCACCAUGGCAUUCCAGGCGGGUAUCGCCCCCCCGGGCGGCGUAUGGGAUGAAAACAAGAACACAACCAUAGGUGUAUUCAAUAUUACUGUCAGAGCCGGUGAAGCCAUCAUGGAAUCUACUUAUGGGCAAGCGUACAUGUAUGUGUUCGUGGUUUUUAACACCAUAGCUUUCGUAGUAUCUCUCCUCACAAUCUUGCUCAUCAUGACCGGACUGCCAUUCCGAAGCCGUGGUUUCUCCACUUUGGCCAUGAUUUUUAUGUUUGCAUCCGCUUUUAGUGUUUCAGUUAGUUAUACAUUUUCUAUAAUAGCCAUCACUCCCGGAGAAGAACCAUCUGGUUUGAGGUACAUGUUUUUGUCCGUAUACUUCAUUGGAGGUCUAUUUGUUAUCUACUUUUUGGUUAAAGGUCCAGUGUCCGCUAUGAGAGAAUAGAUUCAUAAGGUUUAGUUUGGUCCCUAAUUCUAAUAUUUCAAAUGUAUACUUGCUUUUCAAGCACCAAUAUGUAAUAGUAUGUGUAAUAUGGAAUGUUUCAAACUCUAGUCUUUUUCCUUUUUUGUAAUGAGUGAGAUGAAUAAAAGUUGUGGAGAACCUGUUUAUGAAAGAAAA